UUUGGCUGCGAUUCAUCCAAUUUGGCUGAAACGUCUAUUUUGGUCAUUUUAACUCAUUUUUGGUGACUGGUUUGUUAGGUGCCUUUUUCUUCUUCUAAAAGAGGAGGGUGAUUGCUUGAAGAGCACCUGAAAAUUUUGUGCUCUUUAUUUCUUAAGGGAUAACAGGUUUGGUGGCCACACCAAAGGAUGGCUUCAAAUGCAUUGAAGAGGACAACUGGACUGACUGGGCUGGCCGUGGUGAACAACCCGCACCACCGGCUGACGGUGCUGUACGAGAAGAUCCAGCGCGUGCUGGUGCGGAUGCCGCAGGAGGCCGCCUACCGGCGCAGCACCGAGGCCAUCGUGGCGGAGCGACAAGCUGUCUUGCAGGCGGAGAAGGACCCCGUGAUGGUGGAGCAGAAGCUGGGCUGCGGCCAGUGUGAGGAGCUGAUCGUACAGGCGGAGAACGAGCUGGUGCUGGCGAAGAAGAUGCUGCAGUGGAAGCCGUGGGAGCCGCUGGUGGAGCAGGCGCCCACCAGCCAGUGGAAGUGGCCCAUCUAGUCUCGGUUUUGGGCGUCGGUCGUGCCGGUCCGUGCGCUGAAUGAGUGUUUGGGACGGCUGCAGGUGCUAUGUCUUCGUGUCCGUUAUGAGGUGCUUGGAAGGCGCUAAUAUAGAGAUGUCUCUGGUG